UAGUAGCAGCAGCUUCCAGGCAAAAGAUAGCGUUGCCAAUGCACAAUCGACAACGACCUAUAAAACUAAAGUCUGGGACAACAAAACUAAUUGCUGGCGUGUGGUUAAUGAGACUACAGUCAACGAAAAGGACGUGAUGCUGGAGAAAAGCCAUCGGAUUAACGAUCAACCCGAAUCCACGAUGAAGAGUUCAACUUCAACGAAAGAAGUUAUUGAUAAUCGAGGACAAACGUCUAGUAAAGAAAUCACUUCACAAAAGAGUGAUCAAUUAGCAUCUAAGAAACAAGUAACAUCAAGUGAUCAGGUGUCUAGGAAAGACUUUACUGAUGUUUCGAAGAGUCAUAAUCAAUCAGUAACUCAAUCAUCGAAGAGUGACAUGAAGAGUUCAACUGCCAAGACUUCGGCUGUGAGUAAAACCUCAACAGAGAGUAAGUCAACAAGUAAAAUCCAGCAACAAGUUUACGAUGAGAAGACAAAGUCCUGGCAGGAAGUCAAUGAGAAAACACUGAAGAACAAGCGACCCUCGCUCGUGCGAUACGUGAGUCAGGAGAGCGAUGGCACGUACACAACGAUCUACAAAAGGAAGAUCUUUGACGCCAGAACGAGGCAGUGGAAGAUCGUGGAUGAGAAGGUGUUCAAGGAUCGAAAGCCUCACGACACGAUUCCUGAGUAUCCGAUCGAGGAUGCAACCAACAGAACAACAACGACGUACACAACAAAGGUCUACGAUUCAAAUACUGGCACAUGGAAAAUUGUGGAUGAGCAGAGUUUCACAGACACGGACACAUUCAUUCCGAAAGACAUCGUGCAGGAGAUCGAGAAGGAUCACCCCGAUUUGGCCAACAUCACAACAACCACAGAAAUAACGAAGAUUUUCGAUGCCACGACCAACACUUGGCGCGUGAUCGACGAGAAAACAUCGACUGAUGUCCUGGAGAGGAUCGUUGAGAGACCAAAACGAACACGCGAUGUUUAUGUGCAGGAUAUAACUGACAUCGACAAGUACAGAUCCACAAAAGACUCCUCAGAGACCAAUAUAGACAUUCUAAACAGGACAGACAUCACAGAUGUGACAAAAAGGACCAUCAACGAGCUGGACGUGACUGAGACACUGCAGAGGAACAAGGAUGUGGUGAAGAAAAGCAGCAUUCUCGAUGAUUCCACUGAUUCACGCAUCGUGCGAGAAGAGAUCGACAUUGAGCGGAAAACCAUCAAUGAUACGACCACAGAUCGAAAAGCUAAAGACUUGAAAAUCACACAGUCAACGAGCAAAACUUCUGGAGGUCAGAGCAAAUAUGAGGAAAUUACCAAGAGUGAUGUCAUCAAGAUUUCAGAUAAAGUGUCGCGAGAUCAUGCAAUUAACAAAGAGCAGUGUAUCUGUGAAAUUUGUACUUGUGGGCGGCAUAGUUGUGUCCAUAAGUCGGAAGAUCAUAUUGUAAUCACAGAGGAUAAGAGCCACAGUGAGAAAAUAACGGCAUACAAUCAAGACUUUAUCAAUAAAUUUGUUGAUAAAACCACUGAUAUCCGAGAGACUGUAAAGAAGCCGCAAGACAACUUGAAACUCGAAGGAGACUUUCAGGAGUACCGCAAAACCAUAGAUGAACACAAGAUUGUAAAAGGCGAAAGAGCUGAUGUUAUUCGAAGAAAGGACAAUUUAACAACAACUGGUGAAUUUAUUGAUGUCACUACCGCCAGAACUGAUUACACUGAUUACACCAACGACAGAGAACGUGUAUCUCCUAUUCGAAGGAACACUUACACAAAAAUUGAGGGCGAUAUUGACUUCACAACAACAAAUAAAACUGAAUUUAUUGAACAAGAAAUCCAUUAUCAACGUCCUAGGAAGAGAACCUGGACCAAAGACGAUGUGGAGAAAUUUUACUCCCAAACAGAUGUGACUAGUCAGACUACCAAUCAAGAAAUAUAUCGUGCCAUAAAAGACACCAAGGACAUCAGACACGAGCAAAAGAAGCCACUGGAUAAUCUUCGUCCAGAAGGAGAGUUUUACACACCCGACAAACCUGGCUAUCGACCUGCUGAGCGGCCUAAGCAAGUUAAACCUGAAGACAAUCUCCGUCCAGAGGGAGACUUUGAACGCCCAACUAAAUAUCAACCUUCUCCAGGGGAAAAAAGAACACCAAUAAAACCAGGAGACAAUCUCAAGCCGGAGGGAGAUUUCGAUCGACCAGAUAAACCGGGUUAUCGUCCAGCAGAACGACCUCAGCAAGUCAAGCAUCACGAUAAUCUUCGGCCUGAAGGAGAGUUUUAUACUCCAGAAAAACCUGGCUAUCGUCCUGCCGAGCGACCUCAACAAAUUCGCCCUGAAGACAAUCUUAAGCCGGAAGGUACCUUUGAAAGGCCGUACAAACCUGAAUUUCGACCGGCUGAGCGUCCUCAGCAAAAAAGACCAGAGGAUAAUUUGCGCCCUGAGGGUGACUUUGAACGUCCGACUAAGUAUCAGCCAACGCCAGGAGAGAAAAGAACACCUAUUAGGCAUGGCGAUAACUUGAAACCAGAGGGUGAUUUCGACAGACCAGAUAAACCUGGUUUUAGACCAGCUGAACGACCACAGCAAGUCAGGCACGAGGAUAAUCUUAAGCCCGAAGGCGCAUUUUACACUCCUGAGAAGCCCGGAUAUCGACCGGCUGAACGACCUCAACAGGUUCGCCCUCAAGACAAUUUAAAACCAGAAGGCGAUUUCCAAAAGCUUGAACGACAAGAAUUUCGUCCAGCGGAGCGUCCUCAGCAAAAGAGACCAGAAGAUAAUUUGCGCCCUGAAGGUGACUUUGAACGUCCGACCAAGUAUCAGCCUACUCCCGGAGAAAAGAGAACGCCCAUUAGACAUGAUGACAAUCUUAAACCGGAAGGAGAUUUUGAGCGUCCAGAUAAACCAGGAUAUCGUCCAGCGGAAAGACCACAACAAGUCAAACACGAAGAUAAUUUGCGACCUGAAGGACCAUUCUACACACCAGAGAAGCCAGGAUACCGUCCAGCAGAGCGACCUCAACAAAUUCGGCCUCAAGACAAUUUGAAAUCGGAAGGCGAUUUCCAAAGACCGGAGAAAGCAGAAUUCCGUCCGGCUGAGCGUCCUCAACAGAAAAGACCAGAGGAUAAUCUCCGUCCGGAAGGAGACUUUGAACGUCCAACUAAAUAUCAGCCAACGCCAGGAGAGAAAAGAACUCCGAUUAGACAUGGUGACAAUCUUAAACCGGAAGGAGAUUUCUAUACUCCAGAAAAACCUGGAUAUCGUCCUGCUGAGAGACCCCAACAAGUAAAACAUGAGGAUAAUCUUCGACCUGAGGGCGAUUUCUACACUCCUGAGAAGCCAGGUUAUCGCCCCGCAGAAAGACCUCAACAGGUUCGCCCUCAAGAUAAUUUGAAAACCGAGGGUGACUUUGAAAGACCUGAGAAAUCGCCAUUUAGACCAGCUGAGCGUCCUCAGCAAAAGAGACCAGAAGAUAAUUUGCGCCCUGAAGGUGACUUUGAACGUCCGACUAAGUAUCAGCCAACGCCGGGAGAGAAGAGAACUCCUAUUCGGCAUGACGACAACCUCAAACCAGAGGGUGAUUUCGACAGACCAGAUAAACCUGGAUUUAGACCAGCUGAACGACCACAGCAAGUCAGACACGAGGAUAAUCUUAAGCCCGAAGGCGCAUUUUACACUCCAGAGAAGCCCGGAUAUCGUCCGGCAGAGCGACCUCAACAAAUUCGGCCUCAAGACAAUUUGAAAUCCGAGGGUGACUUUGAAAGACCUGAGAAAUCGCCAUUUAGACCAGCUGAGCGUCCUCAGCAAAAGAGACCAGAAGAUAAUUUGCGCCCUGAAGGUGACUUUGAACGUCCGACUAAGUAUCAGCCAACGCCGGGAGAGAAGAGAACUCCUAUUCGGCAUGACGACAACCUCAAACCAGAGGGUGAUUUCGACAGACCAGAUAAACCUGGAUUUAGACCAGCUGAACGACCACAGCAAGUCAGACACGAGGAUAAUCUUAAGCCCGAAGGCGCAUUUUACACUCCAGAGAAGCCCGGAUAUCGUCCGGCAGAGCGACCUCAACAAAUUCGGCCUCAAGACAAUUUGAAAUCCGAGGGUGACUUUGAAAGACCUGAGAAAUCGCCAUUUAGACCAGCUGAGCGUCCUCAGCAAAAGAGACCAGAAGAUAAUUUGCGCCCUGAAGGUGACUUUGAACGUCCGACCAAGUAUCAGCCUACUCCCGGAGAAAAGAGAACGCCCAUUAGACAUGAUGACAAUCUUAAACCGGAAGGAGAUUUUGAGCGUCCAGAUAAACCUGGAUAUCGUCCUGCGGAGAGACCACAACAAGUCAAACAUGAGGACAAUCUUCGUCCAGAGGGUGAGUUUUAUACUCCAGAGAAGCCAGGGUAUCGCCCAGCGGAAAGACCUCAACAGGUUCGCCCUCAAGAUAAUUUGAAAACCGAGGGUGACUUUGAAAGACCUGAGAAAUCACCAUUUAGACCAGCUGAGCGUCCUCAGCAAAAGAGACCAGAAGAUAAUUUGCGCCCUGAAGGUGACUUUGAACGUCCGACCAAGUAUCAGCCUACUCCCGGAGAAAAGAGAACGCCCAUUAGACAUGAUGACAAUCUUAAACCGGAAGGAGAUUUUGAGCGUCCAGAUAAACCUGGAUAUCGUCCUGCGGAGAGACCACAACAAGUCAAACAUGAGGACAAUCUUCGUCCAGAGGGUGAGUUUUAUACUCCAGAGAAGCCAGGGUAUCGCCCAGCGGAAAGACCUCAACAGGUUCGCCCUCAAGAUAAUUUGAAAACCGAGGGUGACUUUGAAAGACCUGAGAAAUCACCAUUUAGACCAGCUGAGCGUCCUCAGCAAAAGAGACCAGAAGAUAAUUUGCGCCCUGAAGGUGACUUUGAACGUCCGACGAAGUAUCAGCCUACUCCCGGAGAGAAGAGAACGCCCAUUAGACAUGAUGACAAUCUUAAACCGGAAGGAGAUUUUGAGCGUCCACAAAAACCUGGAUAUCGUCCUGCGGAGAGACCACAACAAGUAAAACAUGAGGACAAUCUUCGUCCAGAGGGUGAGUUUUAUACUCCAGAGAAGCCAGGUUAUCGUCCUGCCGACAGACCUCAGCAAGUACGUCCUCAAGAUAACUUGAAACCAGAAGGAGACUUCCAAAGGCCUGAGAAAGCGGAAUUCCGUCCGGCUGAGCGUCCCCAACAGAAAAGACCAGAGGAUAAUCUUCGUCCAGAAGGAGACUUUGAACGUCCAGUUAAGCCUCAACCUUAUGCAGCUGAAAAGAGAUCACCUAUCAAGCAUAGCGAUAAUCUCAAACCAGAAGGAGAUUUCGAGCGACCAGACAAACCUGGUUUUAGACCAGCUGAACGCCCUCAACAAAUCAAACAUGAGGACAAUUUAAAACCAGAAGGAGCCUUUUACACACCUGAAAAACCAGGUUAUCGUCCUGCCGACAGACCUCAGCAAGUACGUCCUCAAGAUAACUUGAAACCAGAAGGAGACUUUCAAAGGCCUGAGAAAGCGGAAUUCCGUCCGGCUGAACGUCCUCAACAGAAACGACCAGAGGAUAAUUUGCAUCCUGAGGGUGACUUUGAGCGUCCCGUCAAGCCUCAGCCGUAUUCUGCGGAGAAACGAGCACCAAUUCGUCAUGAAGACAAUCUGAAGCCAGAAGGUGACUUUGACCGACCGGAUAAACCAGGCUAUCGUCCAGCUGAAAGGCCACAGCAAGUGAAACACGAAGACAAUCUUCGCCCUGAAGGACAAUUCUACACACCAGAGAAACCCGGAUAUCGUCCUGCGGAAAGACCGAAACAAGUUAGACCAGAAGACAAUCUUAAGCCUGAGGGCGACUUCCAGAGGCCUGAGAAAUCGGAAUUCAAACCCGCAGAACGUCCUCAACAAAAACGACCAGAGGAUAAUUUGCGCCCUGAGGGCGAUUUUGAACGUCCGGUUAAACCUCAACCCUAUAUUGCGGAGAAGAGAUCUCCUAUCAAACAUGGUGAUAACUUGAAACCAGAAGGAGACUUUGAACGUCCUGAAAAACCAGGUUAUCGUCCUGCAGAGAGGCCGCAACAGGUCAAACACGAGGAUAAUCUAAAACCUGAAGGAGAAUUCUAUACUCCUGAAAGGCCAGGAUAUCGUCCAAGUGAGCGUCCUCAACAGAUUCGACCUCAAGAUAAUCUCAAACCUGAAGGAGACUUCCAGAGGCCUGAAAAAUCAGAAUUCAUACCUGCUGAACGUCCUCAACAAGUGAGGCCGGAAGACAAUCUGCAUCCUGAAGGAGAUUUUGAACGUCCAGCCAAGCCACAACCUUACUCAGCCGAGAAGAGGGCACCUAUAAGGCAUGAAGACAACUUGAAGCCUGAAGGCGGCUUUGAUCGUCCACAAAAACCUGGUUAUCGGCCAGCCGAUCGCCCACAACAAGUAAAACAUGAGGACAAUCUUCGUCCAGAGGGUGAGUUUUAUACUCCAGAGAAGCCAGGGUAUCGUCCAGCAGAGCGACCUCAACAAAUUCGGCCUCAAGACAAUUUGAAAUCGGAAGGCGAUUUCCAAAGACCGGAGAAAGCGGAAUUCCGUCCGGCUGAGCGUCCCCAACAGAAAAGACCAGAGGAUAAUCUUCGUCCAGAAGGAGACUUUGAACGUCCAGUUAAGCCUCAACCUUAUGCAGCUGAAAAGAGAUCACCUAUCAAGCAUAGCGAUAAUCUCAAACCAGAAGGAGAUUUCGAGCGACCAGACAAACCUGGUUUUAGACCAGCUGAACGCCCUCAACAAAUCAAACAUGAGGACAAUUUAAAACCAGAAGGAGCCUUUUACACACCUGAAAAACCAGGUUAUCGUCCUGCCGACAGACCUCAGCAAGUACGUCCUCAAGAUAACUUGAAACCAGAAGGAGACUUUCAAAGGCCUGAGAAAGCGGAAUUCCGUCCGGCUGAACGUCCUCAACAGAAACGACCAGAGGAUAAUUUGCAUCCUGAGGGUGACUUUGAGCGUCCCGUCAAGCCUCAGCCGUAUUCUGCGGAGAAACGAGCACCAAUUCGUCAUGAAGACAAUCUGAAGCCAGAAGGUGACUUUGACCGACCGGAUAAACCAGGCUAUCGUCCAGCUGAAAGGCCACAGCAAGUGAAACACGAAGACAAUCUUCGCCCUGAAGGACAAUUCUACACACCAGAGAAACCCGGAUAUCGUCCUGCGGAAAGACCGAAACAAGUUAGACCAGAAGACAAUCUUAAGCCUGAGGGCGACUUCCAGAGGCCUGAGAAAUCGGAAUUCAAACCUGCAGAACGUCCUCAACAAAAACGACCAGAGGAUAAUUUGCGCCCUGAGGGCGAUUUUGAACGUCCGGUUAAACCUCAACCCUAUAUUGCGGAGAAGAGAUCUCCUAUCAAACAUGGUGAUAACUUGAAACCGGAAGGAGACUUUGAACGUCCUGAAAAACCAGGUUAUCGUCCUGCAGAGAGGCCACAACAGGUCAAACACGAAGACAAUUUGAAACCAGAAGGUAACUUUUACUCUCCAGAGAAGCCGGGAUAUCGACCUGCAGAAAGACCUCAACAGGUUCGUCCUCAAGAUAAUCUCAAACCCGAGGGUGACUUUGAAAGACCUGAGAAAUCGCCAUUUAGGCCUGCUGAGCGUCCUCAGCAGAAGAGACCAGAGGAUAAUCUUCGUCCCGAAGGUGACUUUGAACGUCCUACCAAACAUCAGCCGUCUCCUGGUGAAAAGCGAACGCCAAUUCGUCAUGGAGAUAACUUGAAACCCGAAGGAGACUUUGAAAGACCUCAGAAGCCAGGAUACCGUCCAGCUGAGAGACCACAACAAGUAAAACAUGAAGAUAAUCUCAGACCCGAGGGAGAUUUUUACACGCCUGAGAAGCCAGGUUAUCGUCCCGCUGAUAGACCCAAACAAGUGAAACCUGAAGACAAUCUGAAGCCUGAAGGAGAUUUCCAGAGACCAGAGAAGUCUGAGUUUAAACCAGCUGAGCGUCCUCAACAAAAGAGACCAGAAGAUAAUCUUAAGCCGGAAGGUGACUUUGAAAGGCCGCACAAACCAGAAUUCAGGCCAGCAGAAAGACCUCAGCAGAAGAGGCCAGAAGAUAACUUACGUCCUGAGGGAGAUUUUGAACGUCCCAGUAAAACUCAACCAUCACCUGGUCAAAAACGAACACCUAUCAAACAUGGGGAUAAUCUUAAACCAGAGGGUGAUUUUGAAAGGCCUCAUAAACCAGGAUAUCGACCAGCUGAAAGACCUCAACAAGUUAAACAUGAGGACAAUUUGAAACCCGAAGGGGAGUUUUAUACACCUGAGAAAACAGAAUAUCGCCCUGCAGAACGUCCAAAACAGGUUCGUCCUGAAGAUAACCUUAAACCUGAGGGGAAAAUGAUGAUUCGCCGUGAGGAUCAGUAUAAUUCUAUCAAGGGCGAACGUUAUGAUGUUGUCAAACGAACCGACAAUCUUAGUAUGACUGGAGAGUUUAUAGAUAUGAAGAAAAAGGAUGACUAUUCCAUGACACGCGGAGAAAGGGCUGAUGUAGUCACGAGAGAGGACAAUCUGAAGAUGACCGGAGAGUUCACAUCGAAACGUUCAUCUGAGGAUUACAAGGGCGUGAGGACUGAAAAGGUUGAAGUUGUUCGACAUAAGGACAAUCUGAGAUUGGAGGGUAAUUUCGAGGAUCACCAUCGUCGAGAUGAUUUCACAGUGGUUCGUGGUGAGAGGGUUGAAGUGGUGAAACAUCCUGAUAACUUGAGGCCUGAAGGAAGCUUUGAGAAGAGGGACAAGCCCAAGUUUAUGCCCGUUGAGAAGAGAAAGCCUAUUAAACAAUCCGAUAAUCUCAAGAUGGAGGGUGAUUUCUAUCGUCCAGAGAAGACUCAGUCUUCGCCAACAGCUCGGCCAACGCCAAUCAAGCAGAAGGAUAAUCUAAAGCUAGAAGGUGACUUUGAGAAGCCUGAAAAGAAGCCGUAUUCUCCAGCUGAGAGACCCAUUGCCAAGAAACCUCAGGAUAAUUUGAAGGUUUCCGGAGAGUUUGAAGGCAGAACCACCCAAAAGUCUGAGUUUAAGGUUGUUCGUGGUGAAAGGGCGGACGUGAAGAGAGUGGAAGAUCAUUUGGACGUCGGAUCUGGAACUAUGGAAACCACGACUACUGCAUCUUCGAGCUUCAAGCAGCAGAAGAGGAGUCAAGUGACUAAACCAACAACAACAAAGCAUCAUCUGUUGAAGUCUAACAUAACUUUGGGAGAUGACACGUCGAUAUCCAGGACUACUAAUCAGAUGAACUACACAGAUGUUCGGCAGAAGACUGUCAGCGAGAAGAAGACAACUGUUAAGGAAGAUAAAUCCACGAAGAAGGGAAUACAGGAUGGAAUGAUUGUCGUGACAACAAAGAAAGUUACAACUGUUCUGGCCAAUGAGGCACCCGAAGAAGCUCCAGUCACAGAGAUUGUCCACAAAGACAGUAAAGUCAAUGUGAGACAGCACGAAAGCAAAUCUUCGUCGAAUAUUAACAUGGUAAAGCAGACAAAUGUAGUCAACAGGAGUGAAGCAAUUGAGGAAAGCAGAACAAGGAGAACCGAAAGUGGGACCAGAAAUAUAAUUUCUCAAGAGCAAUCCGCUCUGGAAUCAUCAUCACAGAAGAGCAGAAUGAAAACCGAGAGUGGGGCCAUGAAGAUGAUUUCUCAAGAUCAAUCCGCUCUGGAAUCGUCGCAGAAAAGCAGGACGAUGAGAACCGAAAGUGAGGCCAGAAAUAUAAUUUCUCAAGAGCAAUCCGCUCUGGAAUCAUCAUCACAGAGGAGCAGAAUGAGAACUGAGAGUGGGGCCAUGAAAAUGACUUCUCAAGAGAAAUCAGCUCUGGAAUCAUCACAGAAGAAUAAAAAUGUGAAUUUGAGACAGUCAGAUGUCCUCAAUCAAAGAACAAUGAUGGAAAAUGAGGAGAGAAGUCGCGGUGGAUCACAAUUCAUCUCCAGGCAGAGCGACAUUAUAAAUCAACAGUUGAAUUUACGAAGCAACGAUGAGACUGUUCAUCACAGUCACAGACAGUCCAUGAGUAGUGCUCACUCGGAGAGCAGGAUGUCCUGUCAGGAGAGCAGAGAGAGCAGGGAAAGCAGAGAGAGUAGAGAGAGCAGGGAGAGCAACGAGCAGCGACGAAACUACGUAGCUGAGAAGAAUGCCGUCAACACGCAAUAUCAUCGCCGGAACGUUCUGUCCUCAGAAGCGGACGUUUCUAAUGCAGUAUUCCAUAGGAAGAGUGGCUCCUCGGCCGCCAACGAAUCCGUCCAGUCCACCAGUCUCAGCUCCACAGCGGCUAUCCAGCGCAAGAGCCUGUCCAAUCUGCACGAUCAGUCGCUGUACGCGGCCUCCUCGAACGACCGCAAGAGCUACAGUUCGCUCCAUCGCCAGGGACGCGAGCAUGAGAUUCGCAGCAGUUCCUGGGCAACACACGUAGAGCAACCGACUCGCGUGAGCCACCGAGAUAACCUCAGCAUCGGCAAAGGCGAAUUCUACGGACGCUCAGAGUCCAAAAGCUAUGGCAACUGGGCAAGUUCGCCGGCCGGCGUGCGUUCCUACGAAGCGCCUCUCACCAAGCGCACCAUGAAUUCUUCCAGCAUCUCUUUCGGCGACUCAUCCAGCUUCACAGGCUACCGGAAGGAGUACGUGCGCGUCCAGGAGGGCCCCUGUCCAGCGCACGGCAUCGACAAGGGUGCAUUCAAGCACACGCGCGACACGAAGACGCACAAAUUCUACAUGCCCGUGACCAGCACGCCCAAGAAGUAACCAUUCCAGCGCUUCUACAAGACAAGCAAUACUAUAUUUACACACUGUUUCUAACAAUUGGUGCUCAGAAAGAUCAGACUUAUUAACAAGAUAUUAAUUAUUCUCUUGCAAUUAACGUUGUCUCUGUUGAAACGAAUUAACAAACGUGUUCUACAUAUAUUGUCAUUUGAUUAACAUGUUAUUUUUCUAUGUGCAUUUAAUUGAAAUAAAAGAAUUUUGCCA